AAAUAACAUCAACAAAAUCUUGUACAAAAAGAUGAAGUUAACUGUGACCAUAGUGGUGGUAUUAGCGACAGUAUUUUUGGGGUUGAUCGAUGGGUACGAUUGCAAGCUUGUACAGUUCAUAUUCGGAGACUCGUUAUCAGAUAACGGAAACAACAAUCGGCUUUCCAAGAGUUUUGCUCAGGCAGCAUUGCCUUGGUAUGGAAUUGACUUUGAUAACGGAAUGCCGAAUGGUAGGUUCACCAAUGGCCGAACCGUCGCUGAUAUUAUAGGUGAUAAGACGGGACUACCCCGACCACCAGCCUUCCUCGACCCCUCGCUAUCCGAAGAUGUAAUUCUCGACAACGGAGUGAACUUUGCUUCGGGAGGUGGUGGGAUCUUGAACGAAACUGGCGGUUUGUUUAUUCAAAGAUUCUCACUCUACAAGCAAAUCGAGUUAUUCAACGGGGUUCAAACUUUGAUCCGUGACAAAAUUGGCGACCAAGCGGCGACAAAAUUCUUUCAGGAAUCAAAGUAUGUCGUCGCGUUAGGUAGCAACGACUUUAUCAACAACUACUUGAUGCCCAUUUACGCUGAUUCUUACACUUAUAAUGACGACACCUUCAUUGACUACCUAAUGGAAACUCUUGGUGCCCAACUUACGGUAUUGCAUGGGAUGGGGGCGAGACAAUUGAUGGUUUUUGGGUUAGGUCCCAUGGGUUGUAUUCCUCUUCAAAGGGUGUUGAGUAGUUCUGGCGAGUGUCAAGAAAAAACGAAUACGCUCGCCCUAAACUUCAACAAAGCGACUGCGAAACUAAUGGAUGAUCUGUCGGCAAAGCUUCCGAAUGCGAGUUAUAAAUUUGGAGAUGCUUAUGAUGUUGUUAAUAAUGUCAUCACCAAUCCAAGCAAAUACGGGUUUGACAAUGCGGAUUCGCCUUGUUGCUCGUUUGGAAGGAUUAGACCUGCUUUGACAUGUGUACCUGCAUCGCGAUUAUGUAAAGACCGAAGUAAAUAUCUGUUUUGGGAUGAAUACCAUCCAUCGGAUCGCGCUAACGAGUUGAUUGCUGACGAACUUAUACGAAAGCUAGGGUUUAAGCCUAUCAAUCAAACUGAUACUGCUCCCGCUCCCAGUGACGAUUGAUCAGUGGGUCACUAAAUUAUUUUUUAUGGUUUGUAACAAAGCGUUGGUAGACUUUGAUUUGUUUCGAUAAUGUGAUCUUUUUGAUAUUUUGAAAAAAAAUAUAUAUAUUAUUAA